CACACAGCGAACUAACGGUGACCAUGUGGUAGUGUCAUCGCGGAGCGGCUCAUUUUUCUGUCGCCGGAAUACCCAGCUGCACCAAGGCAAACCAAUCAACGCAGGUUACACCAUUAUGGUCAUUGAUCUGCGACGUCACUUUUGAAAUCGGCCCACUACGCACACACACACCCGACCGACCGACCCACCGACGACCACCAUGGGCGGCAACCUCUCGACCAAGCACGCCAAAACCAUCUUCGUCACGCCGGACGGCGCCAUCGGCAUCACGUACGCGUUCGCGCAAGAGUACGCCAAGCACAUGCCGUUCGAGAUCAAGAUGCCCGUGCUUACCCCUCGUCACGUGGCGCUGAUCAAGCAGAACUGGUCCGCCAUUUGCCGAGGCACGAACGCGUUCGACGCGACCAAGCAUGGAUCGCCCGACAAGUUUUUUCACCGCACGUUUUACUCGCUCUUGUUUGCAGUCAUGCCGUCGCUUCGGUGCAUCUUUCGAUCGAGUUUGACGCUGCAGGGCAAAUCGCUGGCGUCGAUCAUCAAGGUCAUGACGAACGUCAUGACUACGAGUCGGAUCGUCGAGCAGAUGCAGGCGCUGGCCACGGGCCACCUCAAGUUUGGCGUCCGGAAAGAUGACUACACGACCAUGGGCGUCACGUUGAUUCGGACGCUCGAAGUGAUCAGCGGCAACGUGUGGUCCAAGGACGUCAAGGAAGCGUACUUGACUGCGUACUGCUUCCUCUACUACCUGCUACUGCCUGUGAUCGCCAAGCGUGCGCCCGAGCCGGCGCAAGAGUCGCUUGCGUGCGCCGUGUCGGCCAUCGAAGUCGUCGCCCCCAACGCGCGGCGCCUGACCCUCAACUACGACUUUCCGCUGCGGUUUCAACCUGGGGACGGCAUCCUCCUCGGCGCAGGUGACACCAAGCGCUGCUUCCCCAUCGCAUCGUUCCAUGCGAACCCGACCAACACGCUUGACAUUGUCGUGGACCUGGCCACGUCCGACUGGCUGUGCCGUCAAGCGAUCGGGUCCAAACUGCGCCUCUUCUGGGUCGAAUCCCACGUCAACUUUGAAAUCGACACCCCCGACACGUUGCCGGCCAACGUCCUCCUCAUCAGCCACGGUGUCGCAUGCGCGCCGUUUGUCGCCAUGAUGCAAGGGCUGUGCAGCGUCCGCGACCAGUACAACGGUCAAGUGGUCGCACUCCAAUGCGCCGACACCAUCGAAGACGUCGAGGCGUUUCAACGUCCGCCGGGGCUCGCCGACUGCGCAAUCCACUUUGCCCCAGAAGUUAACCAAGCCAAACUGCUGGAAAUCGCCCCCACGCUGGCCCAGUUUGAACUAUACGUGGGGGGCCCCCGUGACUUUGUCGCCCAAGUCGAGCGCGAAUAUUUGGCCGCCGGCGGCCGCAAACGAGUGCACGUGUACUCAUUCGACAAGUAUAACCGGUAGACAGCGACGAGUGCCAAGCAACGUCCAAGUUAAUUUAUUCAAUUACAUAUAUGUACGUAUUCCUGUGAAACGUAUUACCAGGUACCGUCGAUAGACUUGUC